ACCCACCCCCUCUCGUAGCUGUGAUGCGAUGGCGACUUUCCUGGCACCCUGGAACCUUGCUCUGCCAGGACCCCCCCAGAGCCCAGCCCUGACAGGAACCAAGUGUUUCCAGAAACUUCUUACUGAAAUGUGUGUGUUUGGUUUUGCUCUCAAGAGGGGAGGCUGUUUCCCCUGGGAAGAGGCCCCGAGGGUAUCUGAAAAAGUGACUGGGCUGUACACAUCCACAACUCAGGCCAUGGUUACGUGCCAUAGGCCCACAUGACUUGUGGCUGCCGGGGUUGUGUGGUGUGAUUCAGGACACCGGUUUGAAGUUAUAGAAAGAAGUGCUCUGUUGUCUCCUGCCGGCAGACCUUCUCCUUGGCUUCCAAGAGGCCCCCUAGUGGACUGUCUGUGGUAGUAGCUCAAAGCACCACACUUCUCGACUCCCCUCCUUCCAAAGAGAGCAAGAUGGGUUUUUUUCAUGUUCAUCUCUUUAGUUUCUCUGGCUGGCUUCUUGGGGACUGUCUUGCGCUUUGGCAAGGAUUUUUUGUUGCCAGUGACCUGGCUGGACUCCUUCAGCAACAGAUCUGGUGCUACAGUGAGGUCUCCUGAAAGAGCUUCGGGAGGAGAUGCGUUUGGAAAGCAGGUUCUGCAUAACAGUAGGUACCUGGCAAAGCUGUCCUCCGUGGGGAGUAUUUCCGAGGAAGAGACCUGUGAGAAGCUGAAAGGGUUAAUCCAGCGCCAAGUGCAGAUGUGCAAGAGGAACUUGGAGGUGAUGGACUCGGUGCGCCGGGGAGCCCAGCUGGCCAUCGAGGAGUGCCAGUACCAAUUCCGUAACCGUCGCUGGAACUGCUCCACACUGGACACCCUGCCGGUCUUUGGCAAGGUAGUGACACAAGGGACACGGGAAGCAGCUUUUGUGUAUGCCAUCUCCUCCGCGGGGGUGGCCUUUGCAGUGACUCGAGCCUGCAGUAGUGGAGAGCUGGAGAAGUGUGGCUGUGAUCGGACUGUGCAUGGUGUCAGUCCUCAGGGCUUCCAGUGGUCUGGCUGUUCCGAUAACAUCGCCUACGGAGUGGCCUUCUCACAGUCUUUCGUCGAUGUCCGGGAGAGAAGCAAAGGCGCCUCCUCCAGCAGGGCGCUCAUGAACCUCCAUAAUAACGAGGCUGGAAGGAAGGCUAUCCUGAACAACAUGCGGGUAGAGUGCAAAUGCCACGGUGUGUCAGGCUCGUGCGAGGUGAAGACCUGUUGGAAAGCAAUGCCUCCCUUCCGCAAAGUGGGCAACAUGUUAAAGGAGAAAUUUGAUGGGGCCACAGAAGUUGAGCAGAGAAAGAUCGGCUCCACCAAAGUCCUGGUGCCAAAAAACUCCCAGUUCAAACCACACACGGAUGAGGACCUGGUCUACCUGGACUCCAGCCCGGACUUCUGUGACCAUGACCUAAAGAAUGGGGUCCUGGGGACCAGUGGCCGGCAAUGCAACAAGACUUCCAAAGCUAUUGAUGGCUGUGAGCUUAUGUGCUGUGGGAGGGGCUUUCACACAGACGAAGUGGAGGUGGUGGAAAGGUGCAGUUGCAAGUUCCACUGGUGUUGCUUUGUCAAAUGUAAACAGUGCCACCGAGUGGUAGAAAUGCAUACGUGCCGGUGAUGCCGGGAUGUCCGUCCCCUCUAUAACUGACCCUUCCUCUCCCCUGCCUGUUGCCCCAGGACUGGAGGAGGUGAUCCGGACACCUCAAGGAGAGGGUUGUGUAAAGAGACACCGAGUGCAAGAGAAAGAUAUUUAAAGUUCCAAAAGUGAUUGUUGUAUUUUUGCCUUUAUUUAUUGCCGAAGCCAGAGCCCUCCUGAUCUGCAUGUGCUGGAAGGGUCGCACAUGCGCUCGAUGCUGCUGCUGGGCUGGGGCCAGGCAAGGGGCCUUUGUGGCGCCCGUCCCCAAGAACCUGCCCCCGUCAGACGAACUCCCACUGACUGACCAAUGGAGCAUUUCGGUCCGCGUAGAUUUUAAACUGAAACAAAACCUAGCGUUAGGCACUUUUAUAUUGGUCUUUUAUAUUACAGCUACUUCAGACUCACAACAAACCGCAGGCCUGGCCUGAGGCUCCCGGAGUCUGUUCUCAUAUUGGCUGGUUCCCUACCACGUGCCAGCAGAAGCC